AUGGAGUUCAUCGAUGCCCUCCCCUCAGAUGAAGAAUCAUGCCACUACACCGAACACCUCGAGUUCCAUCCAGAUUUCGACUCGGCACUGGCAUCCACCUACUCGGACGAUGAACUCGCCGAGGUAUUGCCUUACUGCCCAAACGUCACUUCAGCGCUCCUCAGUGGCAUCCGCGGUCUUUCAUCGCGAACCCUCAUCCUCCUGGCUGAGAAUGCCUCUCGCCUAGGCACACUCGAUCUUUCCGGGUGCCUCGAUAUCACCGAUCUUGGACUACGGGCGAUCGCAACACAUUCAACGUCCCUCACUGCGCUCGCUGUCAAUCGCAUACCAGGGAUCACUGACCACGCCCUUGCCGCGCUCGUCCGUGGACUCCCGCGUCUUGAGCAUCUAGAGAUGGACAGCCUCCCACUCGUGACCGCGGCCUCAGUCCGGGAUAUAUGGACGUUCGCACGCGGCCUCCGACGAUGGACGCUCUCCGGAUGCCUACACCUCACCGACGCCGGUUUUCCAUGGGUAUCGGAGCGCGGUGACUCUCAAGCAAGACCUAAUUCAGAAGGCCGUCCAAGGAACUGGACUGAUCGUCUCCCCCCUCUCACACUUCCUGCAUCACACAAGAUGAAUGAGUUGCGUGUGCUCGACUUGAGCCACUGCUUCAAGCUCACGGACGGCGCGGUGCUCGGGCUGGUGGCGCACGCGCCUCGCAUGCACCAGCUCAGCCUCGCAGGCUGCGUCAAGCUCACAGAUCGCUCGCUACAUGCCUUGUGCGGGCUAGGCAGACACCUGGACACCCUUGACAUCGGAGGAUUAGCGAACGCCACCGACGCCGGCGUGGUAGCAAUCGCGAACGCGUGUCUGCGCCUGCAAGUGGUAGACAUCAGCUUCAUGAAACAGCUGACGGAUUUGGCGGUGCUCGCGCUCUCAGGACUGGAACGUCUGCGAAGCUUGGCGGCGGGGGGGCUACCGAAGGUGACGGACCAGGCGCUAUUUGCGCUCGCGGAGCACGGAGCGGCCCUCAGCGAACUCCACUUUCCCUUCUGCCCCAAGCUCACCCUCGAGGGUGUCAAGGUUGUUGUGCGGCGUCUGGGCGGGCUUGAGGAGCUGGGCCUUUCGGGGGUGCCGGCGCUCCGUCGGCAAGGGAUUCGGAGGUUCUCAGAGCUUCCGCCAACGAGCUACGAAGAAAAGGAGCAGGGAGCGUACAGGGUUUUCAGGCACGCUGGGAUCCGGGCACUGCACGAGUUCCUGGAGAAAGAGGAGUGGCGAAAGCGAGAGUGCGAGCGGAAGAACAUUUUGUACCAUCCACGGGGCGACGACUCGAGGGCGCUGUACUGA